GCACCAGCGCGGAAGCCCUUACCCGGAGUGCGAACCUCGGAGAGGUGACGCGAACGACUCCUCUAGCAGCUGGAUCUCGGUCCUUUUGCCGACUCAUAACACUCGCCCUCAAGACUUCUCUCAGUAAAACUCAGCCUCUCUAUCUCCGGUCGCACGCGCCCCGAAGCCAUUGCUCAGAGGGCAAACCUCGGAGAGGUGACGAGAACACAUCGGUCCCCAUUGGCCACCAUCAUGAGUACUGUUAUACCUUUCGCCGAACCCCCGUGGCUCGACAAUCUGCCCUCGCCGCUCUACACCGAAUCACAUAAGAAAUGGCAGAAGCAUUGCCGGGCCUUUUUCGAAAAGAACCUUCUGAACAAUGCCAUGGAAUGGGAUCGAGCGGGGGAUGUUCCUCCAGAAGUCUACGAUGAAUUCGCAAGAGCGAACAUGCUCAUCCCUAACCUUCCCACUCCUCUCCCUGUCAAAUGGCUCAAGAAAGUGGGAAUCGAAUCCAUUGGACCCGUCAAAAUCGAAGACUUUGACUACAAUCACAUCGCCAUCUAUUGCAGCGAACUGGCGAGAUGUGGCGUCGCUGGUCCCCCUUCUGCCGUGACCGCCGGUUUCCGAUACGGCAUUCCGCCAAUCCUCCAUUACGCGAAUCAGGCCUUGCAAGAGCGAAUCUUGCCCGACCUCUUACUCGGGCGUAAGCGAAUCUGCAUUGCCAUCACCGAACCCGAUGCUGGCAGUGAUGUGGCCAACGUUUCAACCACAGCCGUCAAAACGAAAGACGGAAGGCAUUAUAUUGUCAAUGGCUCAAAAAAGUGGAUAACUAACGGCAUUUGGUCUGAUUUCGCGACUAUGUGCGUCCGUACAUCUAAGGCUCCUGGCGCAGCUGGCCUCUCCGUCUUGCUUGUACCGCUGAGAGGGCACCAAGGAGUCAGCAUGCGGCGUAUGAAAGUCUCAGGUCAGGCGUCGUCGGGAACGACGUUCAUUGAACUAGACGAUGUCAAAGUGCCGGUGGAGAAUUUAAUCGGGACGGAGGGGCAGGGAAUGAAGUAUCUUAUGACCAACUUUAAUCACGAGCGUCUUACCAUUGCAAUCGGGGUGCUCACACGUGCAAGAGUUGCGCUUUCUACAGCAUUCGAGUACACGAUGAAGCGAGAAGCAUUCGGUGCGCCGUUGAUACAACAACCUGUCGUCCGACACCGCCUCGCCAAAGCCGGUGCGGAUCUCGAGGCUUGUUGGGCGUGGGUCGAAACUCUCGUCCACCAGAUCUCGAAGAUGUCAAAGCAGGAUGCCGACGUUCGUUUGGGCGGACUGACUGGCCUUGCCAAGGCGAAGUCGGGGAUCGUCCUGAACCAGUGUGUCAUCGAAACUGCGCAGCUCCUGUUCGGCGGGAAUGGCUUCACCGAAAGCGGCCAAGGAGAGCUCAUCGCACGAAUGGCGAGAGAGGUGGCAGGGGCGCGGAUUCCUGGCGGAAGUGAAGAUGUCAUGCUGGAUCUGGCAAUUCGGCAGCUGUACAAGAACUACCAAAGGGCGAUGAAACAGAAUUCAAAGCUGUAG